UUCUAUUGUUAGGGAAAUGUUCCGUUAGGCUCUUUGAUGUUAUUUCCUGUUGAAAAAAAUACAAUCAUUUCCUGAAAGAUACACAAACCCACAUGUUAUGCGUGUGCACAUGUGAACGUCUCACAGAGAAGGAGGAAGGCUUCAAGCACCAAGUCAGAAAGGUUAGAGGUUAGGCAGAGCUGCAUCAGGUCUCAGCGAGACAGUAGAACAAUCCGUGAACUCACCUGCCAAAGCCCAGGCUCCCACCGAGACAUCUGGAACAGCGAGAAGCAAAUACCCAAUGAAAGGCUGGACAGCUGUCUUACCUGUGCUCCCACUAUACACAGCGACAAGCGAAGGGCUCUGCCUGCUGUGAAAAGUUGAAAACGAGAGAGAGAGAGAGUGAGGGAAGAGUUAGGACUUGGGGGCAAAGGCGUAAAAAGAGAAGAAUUGGAGUGGAGCUGUGAUGGAGAACCUGCCUGUCUACCACGGACCCAUCGGUAAAGAAGAAGGGGAGAGGCGUCUGGCCCAGGAUGGACGGGACGGCUGCUACCUAGUGCGCAACAGUGACUCUGUGCCAGGUGUCUUCUGCCUGUGUGUGCUGUGCAAGGGCUAUGCCUACACAUACAGGCUCCACAAGGAUGACGCAGGCUCAUGGGCUGCAGAAACCACUCCUGGUGUGCAGAAACGAUAUUUCCGGCAAAUCAGGAACUUGAUAGCAGCUUUCCAUGAGCCCGCACAAGGAAUUGUCAUGCCCCUGCUCUACCCUGUCACUGCUCAGAGACGGGCACAGGCGCCCAGUAAUAGCCUGUCUCCAACACACAGCAGCCCAAACGCUUGGCUCCAGCAGCAGCAGCAGCAGCAGCAGCAGCAGCAGCAGCAGCAGCAGCAUCAGCAGCAGCCUCAUCAUGUGCAGCAGGCACAUGCUUCUCGGGGACACAGAAACAAGAACAAGGAGAUGCGGAAAGUUGUUGGUUAGGGGUAAACCCUUGUCUCACCACUGACUAAAAACAAAGAUCCUAUAUGAGCUCUUUACGUGAUAUAUCUCACUGUCUUUGAAGAAAUUGUCUUUUUUCCCCCCUAAUUAAGUCAUUAAGUCAUUUAGACUCCAGCACUGACUCUGAUCUGAAGAUCUCGGGCUCCUUCUCUUUUCUGCAUAUGCAGCACAGAAAAGUACCUCAUAACUUUGUGAGAUGUGAAAUAUUCAGCUGCUCCAACAUUAAUAUCCAUUACUGCAUACGCAAGCUGACAACAAAUAUUGUGCUCUGUUUUCUUAAUGCAAUUCAGUUGUGCAAAGGCAAAGAAAAUAAAUGAUAUUGGUUGAAAUAAACUCCUUUAAAUGAGGUCAUGCAUACGCAGCCAUACACACUGAGCCACCGUGUGACAUAUAAUGUGGAACAAAAAUUCAAUUUGACAUAUUGAAGUACUGAUUUCCAUGAAGAGAGUGCUGACUCCUUGAGAGGGGAGGGGGUGUCUGUCAUUCAUCUGAUCGACAUUACGGGCUCAUGAAAAAAA